AUGCGUUGGCAAGUCUUGAACGCAGUUACUGCAACGCUGCUCACCAGCACAGCAACGGCCAGCUAUGUCAAUGACCAUGGUCUCCCCGUGGAAAAGACCGUCACCCUUCCGGACGGACAGGUUGUGGACUGGGUCAGGCGAGAGAUCCAGGGUGAAAUUGCCCAGCCGCCGGCCUCUCUGAUCCACGACAAGGCGUUCAAGAAAUUCAACCUCGGCGUCUUCAACGAGACGACGCGAGGUCCUGCGGGCACCGUGCCCAUUCCGCGCAGCGACGGUCGGCUCCCGCAGAACAAGGUCGCGCCGCCGCAAAACGUCAACCGUCUGCGGGCGCGACAGUACGCCGACCAGCACUGGUACUCGUCGACGUCGCAGUCCGCCAACAGCCACGGGUCGUCCGCGGCGCUGAGCAUGUUCAAGGCGUACGUGGCCAACAACAACGACUUCUCGCUGCUGCAGACGGCCGUGGUGCGGCUCAGCGUGCCCAACAUCGGCAUCCAGACGGUCGAGGCCGGGUGGAUCAACUACCCUCGGCAGACGGCCAGCCCGCACCUCUUCUCCUUCUUCACCACCAACGCCUACGGCGGCGACGGCGACUACGUGUCCGGGUGGAACACCGAGUACCGCGGGUGGGUGCAGUACGACUCGGAGUACUACCCGGGCAUGGAGCUGUCGCCGCUGUCGACGGUCGACGGCGACCAGCACGACCUGCAGGUGCAGUACCUGCUGGACGGAGGGAAUUGGUGGCUGGCGGUCAACGGCCGCUGGGUCGGGUACUACGCGGGGAGCAUGUUCGUGACGCGCGGCAACGCGGCGGCGACGACGCUGGCGGACCACGCGGACACGAUCGACUGGUACGGUGAGAUUUAUCAGAGCGAGGGGCCGAUGACGACGACGGACAUGGGCAGCGGGCACUUCGCGGCGGAAGGGUACGGCAAGGCGGCGUACAUUCGCAACAUCCGCCUGACGGGCACUGACGACAAGGCCAGCGACUAUGACGGCAGUCGGGGCGUGAUUGUCAGCGACAGCAACCGCUACUCCAUCGACACGCACUUCAAGUCGGGAACCAGCUGGGGCAGCUACUUCUUCCUGGGUGGCCCUGGAGCAGGUGGUGUCAUUGGUGGUUAA